UGUCAAAGGACAAGAAAGGUAGCAAAGUUGAUGAGGGGAAUUAUAGAAGUCUGAUUGGGAGCCUUCUGUAUCUCACGGCUUCUAGACCAGACAUUCUGUUUGUAGUGAGUUUGCUUUCAAGGUACAUGGCUUCACCGAGGGAAUCACACUUACAAGCUGCUAAACAUGCGCUGAGGUACUUGAAAAGAACUUGGAACUUUGGUGUUCAAUUCAAAGUAAGAGCUGAGGGUGGAUUGGUCGGCUACAGUGACAGUGAUUGGGUAGGAAGCAUGGAAGAUGCACGUAGCACAACUGAGUACUUUUUUAAAAUAGGCUCCGGUGCUUUCUCAUGGGCGUCUAAGAAACAAGAUAUUGUGGCACAGUCCACUACUGAUGCUGAGUAUGUAGCUGCAGCUACAACAGCUAACCAAGCAAUUUGGUUAAGGAAAGUGUUCGAUGAUGUAAAGCUGGACAAAUAA